AUGGAAAGUUCUAGUGCCUCAAAUCCGGCAAUUCCUUCCAACUCCGAUCAAUACAAUCAGGCAAAGAACCAGGCGUUUUCACUGGAGAUGGAUGAACUAAUGAAAUUAAAGGAUGAGGUUCAGGGGGAGAUAAAUAGACGUGCAAGUGAGAUUGAUGAUCGUCAGAGAGAAGAGGAGGAAAGGAAGAGAAGAGAAGAUGAAGAGACUGAAUCAAUGUUUGAGGAGAGGUCUGAAAAGCAUCAGAAGGAUCCAAAGUAUGGUAGUUCAACUGAGAGUGACUCCGAAGAAGAUUCUGCAGCAGGGUAUGAGUAUCAUGUGGAAGAGGUAAACACCAGUGAAGAAGGAUCUGAUGUUGUUGAGGACAGACUAAGGAUGGAGAAGUAUCUUGAUUGGAAGUUGCGAAGGCGGUUUGAGUUUGAGAGGGCCAAUCCAAAGAUAUUUGCCAGAACCAUGCAGGAGGGAGAACCCAAGGUUGAAGAGAAGAAGCUUGUUUUGAUACAUCCCCGAACUGCUCAAGUAGAAGAUUCCAGUGACUCCGAUGAGAAUCUCCAUGAUGCCUCCAAUGACGAUGGAGAAGAAGAAGAUGAAAGUGAUGAGGAGGACUCGUCUUCUGGAAAUAGUGAUACUUCUCCAGCUUCAUCAAGCAGCAGUUGCAGUGAACGUUAUGCGGAGGACGAAGACUGGAGCUACGAUGAAGAGGACUGUUUUGGAGAAAUGUUGGAAGUGGUAGUAGUUGUAAGUUUUUUGGUUUGUAAAGUGGAUGAACGAAGUGCUGCUAUGUUUGGUGUAAUCUUUUCUUUGAAUGGUACUGUUAAAGUUAUUUCUAGCCUGAGAGUAAUUGAUACUAGAAAUGGUGAUGAAUUUGAACGAUUUGAUGCUGAAAUUGAUGAGGAUAUUAAACAUAUGGAUGAUUAUAGAAUAUGA